CCAUCCCAAUUAUUUCUGAGAGUACGAGAAUUCCGGGUGGAAGAUAGAAAAUUUUCUUGAGCUCAGUACUGAAGUAAAAUUAAAACUAAUAAUAAUCAUGAACCGCCCGCGUCGCACAUCGACAGCAGCUAAGUCCAUUGUUUCCGGCGGCGUUCAAAAUCUGAAUGCGGCGGGCAAGCCAGGAACGCCCGCGAAAGCCGUGACAAUUGAAGGUCAUGCAGCUGCUACUGCUGUCCCGGGUAGUUCGGCGAGCGAACCGACCAAAAAGCCAGAUGUCGUUCCCAUGCCCAUUCCCAUCAAGGAUGAGCUGAUAACCCAGCCCGGGGAAUCCCCUUCUGAGGAAACCGCGACACAUAAUACAGCAGAGCCCAUGGAGGCCACCGACGAGAAUGUCUACGGAGAUACUUGUUUGGAGAACAGCAAUGGCAAGAUCCCAUUCAAGAAGAUCUUCCUGAAACGCAAGAAGUCAUCCGAGCGCACUCGGGACAAGAAGCUGCGCCAGAACCGCCAGCUGCGCAAGUCUAUGCUUCCGAAGAACGCAUUAAUGGCCCUCAACGAGGUGAAGGGCGUGAUUAUUAGCGACUUCUUCAUAGACAGCAAUCCCGACGGCGGAUUUACAGCCUUGGUCACGGUUAACUCGACACAAUAUGAGGGCAAGGGUAUAUCCAAGAUGUCCGCCAAGAACGCGGCCUGCGAGAAGGCUCUGCGCGACUACAUACUUGCUAGGAUGAAGCCCAGGAGCCGCAAGCAGAAGACUAGCAGCAACGAGGAGACGGCUCCAGUUGGCGCUGCCGGUGAGGAUCCCAUGGAAACCAACGAGAGCGAUGCCGAGGCCCAUGACGAUGACUUGCCUAUGCUAAAUCUGGCAUCGUUCGCCCUUUACAAGCUUUUCACGGAGUGGGAACGUGAGGGAUUCUCGGUGCCGGAGAUGCAUCCGACGGCCAGCGCCACCAAUCCAGCGGCAGCAUCACUGCCUCUUCCUGUGCCCAAGGAGCCCAAAGCGCCUCCCAUCCGCACGGAACUGCCCCCCGGUUGGGAGACCAUGCACCCAGCGACACUUCUAUGCAUUAUGCGCCCAGGAAUUUCCUACGUGAGCUUUGGCAACUCCGGAGACACGCCAAAUGUGCCACAGUGCCUGGGCGUAAUCGUCGACAAUCAGGAGUUCACUGCCAACGGAAGAUCCAAGAAGAUCGCUCGUCGCAAUGUGGCCGUUAAUGUCUGCAACUCAUUGUUCGGUACCAACUUUGCAUGCGAAGAUUAAUAACACUGUGCAACAUCUAAAAUUUACCUGGAUGGAUGCUAUAUUUAUGAAUUCGUUACGAAUUCCCAGCUGCGGUCAAAAUAGUUGUAAUUGUUG